AUGCGGGCGAAGUGCGGGCACGCGGCGCGAAAAGGCACGGCCCGCGUGGGGCCGAUUCGGCGCGGCGUUUCCGACCCCCGCGGGUGCCAGAUUGCGAAUUCGCGCCACGGCAGUAUCGGCCAAAUUGCGACAUGGGCCGCAGAUUGUUGCUCGAGACUGAACGAAACCGACUUGUGGCCCUGCACCGUUCCAGGUCAAGACUGGUCGGCGGCGGUCUGGGUGGCGGAGGGGCGGGGAACAGGGCGCUUCCAGAACACCCCAGACUCUGCCGCGGUCGGGGCCAGCGUGUCGGCGUGCGCUGCUAGGGCGGCGCGGCCACGUCGAGGCUACACGGCGGUGCCGGUGGCGCACUAA